AUGCUCUGUACUCAGCCGCCGAUCGAGAAAGACACACAGAAAAGACGUGAACUUAGACGCAGACGGCGUUAUAUACACUCAUUCAAUAUCGUGUAUUUAAUCAAUAGACGGCCAUCAUUCAUCUCCCUACAUUUUGGGGGCUCGUCCGGGAUACAAUACGAUAACCAAACGUAUAAGGAUACAGAUAAAAAGCAAGACGAAAAGACGUGGAGAAAGCUGUGUCGAGAAAGCCGAGCCAGUGAGUCAUCAAGCGCGCCGCUGACGCCGAGUUUGCCGCAACGACGCCACGAGGCAAGCACAAACCGUAGCUACGAGAGGAGGCCGACAAAGACAUUGAUACUGUUGACGAGCAGAGGCAAAUACAAGAGGCAGAACUGCAAGAGAGGUAAAAGAUCAACGCACUCAACCCAAGGAUCGUUUCUUUUUACUGGUUUAUGCUGGAAACAUCAGAAGACAAAAUAG